CAUCGCUGCUCUUCAGCCAGAGAAACUUGAAACGUGGCCUGCAGGUGUUGGAUACCUGAAGCUUUCUAAAUAAUCCCUCCAGGCGGUGGGCGUGAAGCUCUCUUCCGGCUAAUACGCCCAUUGUCAUUCGUCUAGCCGAUACUUUGUUAUUCCAGAAAUGAGUGGUGGCUUGGCUCCAAGUAAGAGCACGGUUUAUGUAUCCAAUUUGCCCUUCUCUCUGACCAACAAUGAUUUAUACCGGAUAUUUUCCAAGUAUGGCAAAGUUGUGAAGGUUACUAUUAUGAAAGACAAAGACACAAGGAGGAGUAAAGGUGUUGCAUUUAUUUUGUUUUUGGAUAAAGACUCUGCCUUAAACUGCACCAGAGCAAUAAAUAACAAACAGUUAUUUGGUAGAGUGAUAAAGGCAAGCAUUGCUAUUGACAAUGGAAGAGCAGCUGAGUUCAUCCGACGGCGAAACUACUUUGAUAAAUCUAAGUGCUAUGAGUGUGGGGAAAGCGGACACUUAAGUUAUGCCUGUCCUAAAAACAUGCUGGGAGAACGUGAGCCUCCAAAGAAGAAAGAAAAGAAGAAGAAGAAGAAAGUUCCUGAACCAGAAGAAGUUGAGGAAGUAGAAGUGAGUGAAGAAGAAGGGGAGGAUCCAGCUCUGGACAGUCUCAGUCAGGCCAUAGCAUUCCAGCAAGCCAAAAUUGAAGAAGAACAAAACAAAUGGAGACCCAGCCCAGGGGUUCCCUCAACCUCAGAUGAUUCUAGACGACCAAGGAUAAAGAAAAGUGCAUAUUUCAGUGAUGAAGAAGAACUUAGUGAUUAAAAUUAUAUUUAUUUGUAAAUAUUACUCAAAUAAAAUCUUACUGUACAAAA